UAAUUUGACCGUCAAAUGAUGCAGAUGACGCUGGUCUUGUGUCAAAAUCUGUUCCCCCAUUGAGAUGUGUCUCCCCCUGCUAAAACUCCUCGGUGGUUAGGGUUAGGAUAAGGUAGAGAUUCAGGCUACAGGAAACACAUCUCCACAUAACACCUGUGUAGACGUGCACGCAGCUGAGGACACGAACAGCGUUUUCCAAAAUGGCGGACCGCAAUAAGGAGUUGGAAGAUGAGAUUUACGACAAAGUCGUAGACAUCACGGAAUAUGCCAAACGUCAGCGAUGGUGGAACCGGCUCUUCGGACAAAACUCCGGCCCUCUAGCAGAGAAAUACUCCGUGGCCACUCAGCUAGCCAUAGGGGGAGUAAGUGGAUGGUGUGCAGGAUAUCUCUUCCAGAAGGUUGGAAAAGUCGCUGCUAUGUCUGUAGGGGGAGGUCUUCUGCUCUUGCAGAUCGCUAACAAUAGUGGCUACAUCCAAGUAGACUGGAAGAGAGUAGAGAAGGAUGUCAACAAAGCUAAGAAGCAGUUAAAGAAGGGCACCGAUCAAGCACGCCCAGAGCUCAAAACAUUUGUUGAGAAGUCCACAGAGUUUGUGAAGAAAAACGUUCUCUACCAUGACAAACACUGUUGA